AUGGUCUCAAGCGGAGAUACACUGAGCAAUGGCGUCGACAAGUCAUUGCACACGCGAGUGCCAAAGCGGCUAUAUUCACUUUCACAACCACCCUCAGUUACGGCCUUCCAGAAGCUCUGCUCUCAAUCAAUCGAGCCGGGAACCUAUCCCAAGGCGUCGACCGUCAUAUCCGACAUCCCCAUCUACGACCUCCGCCGGAACAGUUCAGCCGCAGAAGGCAUAGACGAGCUUCAAGACGAAUGGCAUCACAUUUUCCACUCCGGGCCCGGUGUCUUCGUCCUCCGCAACUUCAUGCCCGACACGAGCCUCGUCAACCAAGUCAACACGGUGUUCGACGACAUCGUCCGCGACGAAGCCACCGCCUCGACAACCAAGGGCGACCACUUCGCCUCUUCCGGCAGCAACGCGCGCAUAUGGAAUUCCUUCCAGAAGCACGCCGAACGGCAUCCCGCAUCUUUUGUCCAAUACUACUCCAACCGAUACCUCGCGGCGGUGUGCGAAGCCUGGCUCGGCCCAGCCUAUCAAAUCACCACGCAGGUCAACAUCGUGCGGCCGAGGGGGAAACCGCAAGUCAGCCACAGAGACUACCACUUGGGAUUUCAGACAGCCGAGUCGUGUUCGCGGUAUCCCCGUGCCACGCAGACAGCGACUCAGUUUCUCACUUUACAAGGGGCGGUGGCCCAUUCGGACAUGCCACUCGCGAGCGGGCCGACGCGCUUCCUGCCGUUCUCGCAGCGGUUUGAAGAGGGAUAUAUGGCCUAUCGACUCCCGGAGUUCCAGGCAUACUUCGACCAGAACUGGGUGAGUUGCGAAUUGAAAAUGGGGGAUGCCGUAUUCUUUAACCCUGCAUUGUUCCACGCCGCGGGGGAGAACUGUACCCAUGAUGUCCACCGAUCUGCGAACCUGCUUCAGAUUAGCAGUCCUUUCGGCAAGACAAUGGAGACGAUCGAUACACUGCCAAUCAUUGAAAAGUGCUGGGAUGAGGUGCGCAGAUUGUACAAGCAGGAGGGGAUGAGCGAGAAAAUCUCCGCCAUCCUAAAUGCCAUGAGCAACGGGUAUCCUUUUCCUACGAACCUCGACCGCCGACCGCCAGCGCCCGGCGGCAUGGCGCCAGAGAGUGAACUCGAUCUCUUGCGCAAAGGAUUGUCCGCAGGAUGGGACACGCAGGAGGUGGUCGCGGCAAUCACGGCCAUUCGUCGAGAAUCAGCGUCAACGGCAUAA